AUGAAGAUCCCUAUAUGGUGUUAUCUCAAGACUAGUAAAGUGACGCUGCCAACACUAAAGAAGGAAAGUACUCACACUUCAGCAGCUGUGAAGAUGGAUAGAGUGUACUACGCUGUAGAUGACCCUGAUGGAGAAGCCAUACCUGCUGAAGAGAGAGCGAAAGCAUACAAGUACGGUACGCAGUUCGUGCGGUUCGAGCCCUACGAUGAGGCUUCGUUGAAGUACCAUUCGGACAAGUGUCUCACCAUGCUUGGCUUUGCCCGAUCGGAGACGAUUCCCGAGGAGUUGAUGAUAGGGGAGUCCAUUGAGUGCGUAGCGGCUGAGCCCAACAACCUGGACGCUGCUAAGGCGCUGAGUAGUCUUAUCAAGGCUAUGGAUGCCAUGGGAGUGGUAGUGCUCUAUCUUUGCUGCUGA